UCAGCGAUUAUCAGGGAAGGAUUCCGCGUCGGUUGCCUUGCGAAAGACGUCAGAUGUUAUGUUUGCGCAGUCGCGCAGAGAGUCAUAGGUACAUAAUUGAUCCAUCAGGCAAACACGAAACAAAGUUUCUAGCAAUGAGAAGUCCGGACACCUGCAUCAUUAUCGAGUCUGCUUUGUUUUUUCACGCACGCUUCCUUCGCUUCUUUUGCUGACCAUUCUUUUCUUUCUAUUGCGAUACUGCGCAAUGGAGCCUACCGUCUGGAACGAGAUUCACUACCAGCCCAAUACUACAUUGCCCAAACUAAGAAUCACGCGCAAUGGCGAGGUAUCGCGGAGGGAUUCAAUCGGCUCGUCCCGUACUGGUGACUCGGGAUAUAACAGCGAUCCUGACCUCUCGCUUUCACCCUCCGACUUUCUCUCUGCUGAUGCAAGUGCUGUAUCUUUCCCUUUCGCCAAUGAUCUUCGAACUGUGUUCGAAUGUCCAGCGGAUGACAUAAUUUAUUCACAACACACGCAAAAGUUCGACUCUUUGAAAAGGCCCUUGGUACUCGGAAAUAACCCAUGCUCAAACAUCCAUACUGGCUGCCCUGAGCAACCCGAUUGGAUUCAUGCGGUCAAGACACCUGUAAACCAACCUGCAGACACGGCACGGAGCACCUGUCUGUCUCUUCACCAUCUAGAGAGCCGACACCAAGAGGAAGUAGAACAGUGGAUGGAUGAGUCCUAUCCAUCCAAAGACAGACCCAACGACCGUGUCUCUUCAAUAGUAUCUUUAUCAUCAAACGGCAGCGGAGGCGACUAUUCCAUCACCGACGACAGCGAAGACGAAUCGCCCAACAUGGCUCCUGGCAACAUGUCAAAGGCCACAUUAGCCACCAUCGACAUCAUCAUGCACAAAGUCGAAGUUAACCUUCGAUACGCUGCCUAUGUACAAUGCGCAGGAGGCAAUUCCGGUCGGAGAAAAUCCACCACAGCCUCUUCUCGCCGGGGAAGCGGUCAAGGUAUGAAUACCGGACAAUCGAAGCGUAGGGGCCGUGGCGACGAGAGUCUUCAUCCAGACGGCGAGGAUGAAGAUGGGCCUACGAAGCGGCGAAGGGUCUCUGUCACAACGACCGAGGACUCUGAGAACGGUCCGAAGUUUGCUUGUCCUUUUUACAAGCAUGAUCCGAAUCAAUACAAUAAACGUACAUGCAAAGGCCCUGGUUGGCCGACAGUACACCGAGUAAAAGAGCAUUUAUAUCGAAACCAUGCACAGUCGAUAUACUGUCCACGAUGCUACGAGGUCUUUGACUCAGACGGAGACCUCUCGACUCAUUUACGCUCUCAACCAUGCGAGAUGUCCGAGCAUCAGCCCAUGGAAGGCAUUGAUCGAAAUAAAUUGGAAACCCUUCGCAAACGAUCGAUACCAGGGCGUCUCGAAGAAGACAAAUGGAGAGAUACGUAUCAACUGCUAUUCCCCGAAGUCGCUGAAGCGGAUAUACCAUCACCUUAUUACGACUGCGACUCUCCUAGCGAAGAGUCCCGCCGCUUCCGACGGGAGCUUCUCCAACGCAUCCGUCAAGAAAUCCACGCCACUGCUGAACGAGAAGACGGACCCGUAGAGCAGAAGAUACUGGGUAGGGUCGCCGGCAUCAUUCGACAGUGCGAAGACGAACUACGACAAUCAUUCUACUCAGGACCAGCAUCUUCACAUAUUACACCCAUGUUACACGUUCCACAUAAUAAUACACCCCCGCCUGACCCACAACCUCCACAUGCUCCGACGGAGCAGCCGAGGGCUCCACCGACAUUUACAGGGGCUGAAUGGGGCGAUCCGUUUCAUAUGAUACCGUCGGAUGAUAUUAUCGAUUGGAACAUGGAGUUCCCGCCCGAUCUGCUUAACGAUGCGCCGCCUAUACUCAAUGAUCCCGUUUGGGCGGCUUGAUGAAUCAUUCGAGCCUUCAUGAGCAUCAAUGCUAUCAAACCUCUCCAUAGUAAAUAUCAAAUCCAAGCUGGCUGGCUCUCUUAGCAUGAAGAACUUUGACUAUGUAGACAUCAUAGAAUUACUGGAUCCCCGAGUAUGACCAUGCCG